CAGCAGCACGCGGGGUUCAACUCACAGGUGCUUCUGUCCGCUGCUUGUUUUUCAAAAAAAAGAACACACAAGUAUUUCCUUCAUUUCGUAUACAAUUAAGAGCUCUGAGUGGACCAGCGGGAAAGGAACUAUACCACAAACACACCGGCUGGAUUAACGGGAUUUGGAGGAUGUGUGGUGUGGAUGUGGACCUGGAGGAUGGUUCAGUCGAGGAAGAGAAAGAAGAUGAGUUCUGGAUCGGGGAGGGAGUGAAGAUGCUACCCCCUCCUGUGGCCCACAGCGGGGGCAGUGAAUGGGGCAGCCGCAGGGGCAGGGUGGGAUGCCUGGCCUGUGGGGCAGCCCUCGUCCUCUGGGACAUCUUUGUGGUUUCAGCCAGCGCUUUGCUCCUGGCUGUUGUCUUCUCUGUGGUGCUGCUCCCUGCAAUGCUGCUGCUGUACGCUGGGUUCCUCUGCCACUCCAGGGUCCUUGACGCCCCCUCUGCGAUAUGCGGCUACCUUGACGACAACAGCUGCUCCGCCCUCAUCAUCUUGGGUUUUGUGAUGAUGUCACCGCUCGUGGUCGUGGCGGCGGCCAUUUUCUGCGGGCUGGUCCGAAGGUUUCGAAUCCUGCUUCUCAUUCAGCCGAUCUCACGUGCCUGGUACCGAGGGCGACUGUUGGACUGGGCCGGCAGCUUCCACGCCUGGGUCUGAUCGAGGCGAGGCUCCGGAAGGGUCGGAUAUGCUAACAGCCCGGGGAAAGCGGAAAGUUGGAUUAGAGUGAAAUCAACCAGAGAGAUACAGGGGGUAGACAAAAUAACAGAAACACCUCCAAAUGUAUUCAAUAUUGUGAAAUACAGUGAGAUGUAAACACAACUGGAUGCUAGUUUCACGCUUUGGUAAAAAAACUGUUAUUCACGUUCUUGCAGA